CAAGCCCUAGAUCAAAUCUUUUCUCUUCUUCUCCUUCCUUUUCUCAUCAAGAAUUAUGUGUCCGUUGAGGUUCAUAUUAGUGUUCUUCUCGGCAGUACUCGCAGGAUAUAUGGCGUGGAGGACGGUGAAUGCUUCCCCGGAACUUUUCUCAGACGAGCCAUCACCAGUCAAAGCGAAUGAUAAACAAGGACGAUCUAAUUCGAAAAGAAAGGUGGAGAAUGGUUUAUGGAUGUUCGUUGAUAUGGCUAGCGGAAGGUACCUUUGGAGAAAUCUCAUGGAGAUGCAUCAUAAGACUCAAUGACGAAAGAUAUAAAAAAUUUCGCCUGUGUCUGGCCUAUAAUGUGUAGAAGGAUUAGAAAAA